AGAGGUACAGUUAGUUACCUUGCGUUAGACUGUACACCGUCCCUUCCUCCUAUUGGUUCACCACGCUCAGGUAAACCAGUCUACGCGGUCUCUUCGCAUGAGAAAUUGAGGCUACAGAGAUACCUGUACAGUGAAUUUACACGAAAACAUCCAAAACUAGACAAAGUUGUCAAAUGUCAGGAAGGCUGUGAACGUUAUGGACACUUUCGGUUGUUUCAAUUGUUUUCGUCGCGGUUUACCUGCUAAGGUAGAGUCGAAUUUGAGUGUCGCAUAAAACUGUAUAAUUAAAUUGUGAAGUGACUAGUGAAUGUGUUUCCUUACAAAGAUACAAGUGUCCAUUUGAAAAACAACUAAGGAACUCCAGCACCAACCUAGAAUUGUUCAAAACACUCGAAAAUCGCCGUUUCGUUAUCUAAAUAUUGUGAUAUUUUUAUUAUUAUUGUAGGUACUUACGUGUGUGUUAUUUGUUUCUCGUCGAAAAUUAGGUUAGGUAUAACAAAUGACUGUGAUUUUAUUUUAUACAACAAAGCAUUGAUAAGUGGACUGUUUCUCCCGAUACCUUGAACAAAAUAAAAAAAUCCAAACAAACAUUUUCCAACGGAUUCCACCUUUACCUGAAUCAAACAGGUGUCACGUGGCAAAAUGUCGGAUUGUUUAUGAAAUGGCUUGUGUAAAUAUGCCGCGUUAAAGUUAUUCUCGGGAAAAUAUCUUGACAGAUGAGCAUAAAGGGCUUAAAUAUGAUCGGGCCGCACUAUAUUUGUGUUUUGUACGUGGCCACGGCAGGAAUCCAGGGCCCCCUUAUGGGGUCUGACGAGCAAGAAAUCGUUCUCCUCAUUUAUGUUAUAGUGGAUGUAGUACAAAACAAGGUUGUGGGUGUCCAGCAGUAUCCAAUACGACCCCAGGUGGCUGACGUAAACGAAAAUAUCCUGUCGGAACAACUGACAGCGGAAUCAGUGUUGACAGACGAAAUCAUCAAGUCCACCGGAAGGCAAAUCGAAGAUGCCUUGAUGGAAUUCGACGUUUACUGCAAUAAUUUACAUAUAGAUCCCCACAAUUCCAGCUUUCGGCUUUUGACAGAUGGACAACUUCCCCUACGACAAUGUCUUCAUCCGGAAGCCUGCCGAAAAGAAAUAGAUCUGCCCUCGUACUAUAACAUAUUCCAUGACCUUAGGAAAGAAGUGGCGAGAUUCACCGGAAGGGUGGAAGAGACGCCUCAAUCGAUUGCUGACAUGUUAGAAUGUAUCCUUUUAACAA